GCCACCGGCUUCAUCGUUGCCAGCUGUUGCACACGCCCACCAUGUCGCAGUCGGAAGAGAGGGGAAAGUCUGCGGGAAAGACGAAGAAGGGUCCGUCCACUCUCGUCAAGUACUAUCUCGUCGCGUACAACGUCUUCUCUGCGCUGGGAUGGUCCUAUGUUCUUAUCAUCACCGUCGCGCAUCUCCUCGGGCUCGACGCAUCCGUUCCUGCGUCUGCCUCGCCAUCACGCAUCCCGAUCUUGUCAACUCUCGCGUCCUACCUGCCCACACUGUCGCUCCUAAAAAACCCCAGUCCCAAAUGGGAAAAACAGGUUCCAUCUUUUCUCAUUCCUGUGUUGCGUCGCGCAAGCACGACAUAUGCAGUGGUAGGCCCGCAGACGGCCAUCGUGCAGAGCUUUGCGGUACUCGAGGUGCUGCAUUCGCUUCUCGGGUGGGUGCGAAGCCCGGUCGGGACGACGAUAGCGCAGGUCGCAAGCAGAUUCUACCUCGUUUGGGGAAUUACAGCUCAGUUUGAACAGACGCGCAGCCACCCUCUCUACGCCUCGAUGGUCUUCUCCUGGUCCGUCGCGGAGGUCGUGCGCUACUCAUUCUACGCGUGCUCUCUCUUGGGCUACGAGCCACGCGCGCUCCUAUGGGUGCGCUACACGUUCUUCUACGUGCUCUACCUCACCGGCGCGGGCUCCGAGGCUGGACUCAUCUACGCGUCGCUCCCCGCGCCGCCGCCAUCGAUCCCGUUCUUGUCUGCAGAGUGGGCGGGGUGGCUCCUCCCUCUGUCGUGGCCAUUUGCGACGGCGCGCUGGGCCGAGGUACUGCAUGAUGAUUUCAGGGUGUUCAUGUUCUUGGUUUGGUGGCCUGGCUUGUACGUGCUGUACGCGUAUAUGAUAAAGCAGCGUCGAAAAGUGCUUGGGAAGGGCCCUGGAGGGACGAUAGGCUCGAAGCCCAAAUCAUUCAAGAUCCAAUGAAGAUCUGGUUAUCGUGGCCUGCACAUAUCACACCAAUGGCCAGAAAGUCCGGAUAUUGGAAUCUACGAGCAUCCGGACUCUACGGUCUACAGGGCGCUAUCAUCGAGUCUGCUGUUCUGCCCUCUCGCUUCAUGCACAGAGCUUUAGGUCAGCUGUCAUGGGCUGCCAUGGUAUCUUCAGAUAUCCCUCUACGACCAUUAUGUGUGCAAUAGUUGUAUAGAUGCAAUGUCAGUGAUGGUCACAGGUGACCUACCAAUUAAAACAUGUGAC